GGUAUAAACACUAAGUAAACUGUAGUCUGUAACCAAUGACCGGUGUUGAGCUAAGCUGUGAUUAAGAUUAAUAAAAAACAUUUAUAAAUAUUUAAUUUAUAACAAGCAGUGUGCUGAAACGGAUAAAUAAUAACAAUCAAAAAGUAGAAUAAUGACUUUCCUAGAAGACACAUUAAUAGUUUUUAUAUCUCAAGCAAUAUUUUUUAUAGGCGGUUGGAUAUUCUUUGUGAAACAAUUAUUCCGGGACUAUGAAGUGCACCAUAGUCUUGUGCAGCUAAUAUUUUCUGUUACAUUUGCUUUGAGCUGUACAAUGUUUGAACUUAUCAUAUUUGAGAUUAUUGGCUAUUUAGAUUCAAGUUCAAGAUAUUUCCAUUGGAAUUUGGGGCUUUAUUCAUUGCUAUUUAUGGUGAUUGCUCUGAUACCAUUCUACAUUGCCUACUAUUGCAUCAGUAAUAUACAAUUUUUGUCAAGAUCGCACAUACGGCCAUUAACAAUAUUUGUUUGGCUAGUAUAUUUAUAUUUCUUUUGGAAGAUCGGUGAUCCAUUUCCCAUAUUGAGUCCUAAACAGGGCAUAUUUUCUAUAGAGCAAGGAGUAUCUCGUAUAGGCGUAAUAGGAGUGACUGUAAUGGCGUUACUAUCUGGUUUCGGUGCUGUCAACUAUCCCUACACAUCCAUGGCUAUAUUUAUCAGACCAGUUACCCAAUCAGAUGUAUUGUCAAUAGAAAAAAAGCUGCUACAAACAAUGGAUAUGAUUUUAGUUAAAAAGAAAAGGAUAGCAUUAGCUGAGUCGAAUAGUGUGGGAGCGAGACAGAAUUAUAUGAUGGAUCAGUCAAAUGUGAAGAAUAGGGGUUUUUGGACAAAUAUUUUGUCUAGUGUUGGGAGUAUUACUAACCCAUUAAGUCAGGGGACUGAAAAUAUUUCACAGCUUCGCCAAGAGAUAGCUGGGUUGGAGGAGUUAAGUAGACAAUUGUUCCUCGAAGCACAUGACGCUAGAACUAUGAGAGAGAAAAUUGAAUGGUCCACCACUUUUCAAGGGAAAUACUUCAAUUUCCUCGGAUACUUCUUCUCUUUGUAUUGUUUAUGGAAGAUUUUCAUUUCGACAAUUAACAUAGUGUUCGACCGAGUUGGUAAAAAGGACCCUGUGACGCGAGGCUUAGAGUUGGUAGUGCAUUGGCUCGGAUGGAACAUUGAUCUUGCGUUUUGGUCCCAACAUGUCUCAUUUAUCUUGGUCGGUUGUAUUGUGCUGACCAGCAUACGUGGAUUACUAUUAACAUUAACUAAGUUCUUCUACAAAAUAUCGUCAUCAAAAUCAUCGAACAUCAUAGUUUUGAUACUUGCUCAAAUUAUGGGUAUGUAUUUUUGCUCGUCUGUCCUUUUAAUGCGGAUGAAUAUGCCACCGGAGUACAGGAUUAUCGUGACGCAAGUGUUGGGUGACUUGCAGUUUAACUUCUAUCAUCGCUGGUUCGAUGUUAUAUUUUUAGUAAGCGCUUUAACAAGCAUUUUUACACUUUAUCUUGCGCAUAAGCAGCCAUCUGUUAAUUAGAGUUUAGAAACAUCUCGUCAUAGUCGUAGAAUAGUGACGGAUCUGACAAAUAGUAAACUUUACAGGGCAGCCAUUUGAAAAUAAUAUAAUCAUGUUAGGGAGCGUUCAAGUAUUACGUCACGCAAUUUUUGGAGAUUAUUGACCCCCCCCCCAUGUAACGCGUCGUAACGUUUUUCUUUACCCAAUAGUAAAACGUUUCGUGACUACCCGGUGACUCUUUUUACCUAAAAUAUACCAUUAUGUGGUGUAAAGUACUGGAAAGUCGAAAAUAAUAUUAACAAUAACGCGUAAUUCAAUCCCGUUAACGUUUACAAAAGGGGGGGUCCUUUUGUAAACGUUAACGGGAUUUGGAACGUUAACGGAUUAGGGAACCCCUAAAAUUCGUUACGUAAUACUUGAACGCUCCCUUAGAUUUUUGUCAUAACUUUUUUAAUUCGUAUUCUGUAAUUGUGAAAAUUGGCAUACAAGCAAACAAUA